GCUAGGCUGGUGUGGAUCCCGGUCAAUGUGGCGGGGCUGAGCUCAGGGUCGUGGUGGAUGCUGGCUGGGAAACUUGCUUGGCUACCUCACUCACUUGGCAACGACGUAAUGGCGGCUGCGGUGGAGCUCCCGCCACUAACUAACGUCGAUGGCCCGCAGACACCCGCGCAGCGCAGGCCUCCCAGGUGCACAUGCCUGCCCUGCCCUGCCCUGCCCGCGCAAGCACAGACGCCCGCACGUGCUUGGAAGGUGCCCGAUCCCAUCACUAAACGGCCCAGACGCUGCGGUCCAGAAGUUGUUAAUUAUGAGACACGCCUGAUCCGCCAACUGUCUCAACCUCUCCUCUACACAUCUUUGCUCCUCCCAAGAAGACCUUGAAAGCACCCGACUUUCUUCGCCGUGCCCGCCAGCAAGGAAGCUCACGUCCACGACCUGUCGAUUUGCAGUCUUACCAAGUCAAGAUGCUUGAAUACUUCACCUACAAAAAGGUCAAGAAGCACAAGGCGGAAAAGGAAGACAGAGAGCGCCUCGAGCAGAACAAGAACGACGCAGCCAAGCCCACCCCGGCCAGCACUUCCUCCACCACUGCCACGCCCGCCGCCAGCAGCGCCCCGACAAUCUUCUCCAAGCCCUCUGAGCAGCAGCCUACAAGCUCCCCCGGCAGGCCGCUACUGGACCACGAGGACGAAGCAUUCCUCGAGCGCCUCACAUCUUCCGAACGGGACGCCACAGCAGCUGCUGGCACUGCCGACACAAGCGACGAGCCGCAUGCGCGCCCUCCGCUGCCCAGUCGUCCGCACACAAUCGACCUGGCCUGGGACAGCGAUGCCUCGAGCGUGGCGAGUGCCAAGCACGACAACAAUGUCAAGAACCUCAAGGACGGGAAAACAGCGACGUCUGCAGAUGGCAAGGGCAGCAACCGCCUGUCCUUCAUCACAAACAUCCCCCGCUCCAUCUCUGUGCGCGUCAAGAACAGCAAGGGCGACAAGUCCAAGACAGCCACCGACAAUGGCAAAGGCAAGGGAAAGGGCCCCAAGGCCGACCACCUGGCAGUGCCGUCCGACAAGGAGGCCAACAGAGAGCAGACUGAGGUUGCCAAGGUGCUCGAUGACCUGAACCUCGCGGCGUCGGGAGACAACAAGGUCUUCUCCCUCUCCAAGGAGUCGGCCGAAGUGGUGCAGCGGUUCACGCAGGUGCUCAAGGACCUGGUCAACGGCGUGCCCACAGCGUACGGGGAUCUGGUCAAGCUCAUCGAGGACCGCGACAAAGUCAUCUCGAACAACUUUGAUCGCCUCCCCAAGGGUCUGAAGAAGCUUGUCACACAGCUGCCCGACCAACUUACCUCGAAGCUCGCGCCCGAGGUCCUGGCCAUUGCCGCCGAGGCACAGGGCCUGGCUGUCAACGAGGCCGGCGACGGGCUCAAGGGCGCCGCGAAGAAUUUCGCCAAUCCUAAGAACCUGUAUGACCUUGUCACCAAGCCAGGGGCCAUCGUCGGCCUGCUCAAAGGCAUCGUCAACGCGCUGAAGGCGCGCUGGCCUGCGUUUAUUGGGACGAACGUGCUGUGGAGCGUGGCUAUCUUCCUCCUCCUCUCAGUCCUGUGGUACUGCUAUAAGCGCGGCCGCGAGGAGCGUAUCGCUCGUGAGGCUGGCGCAAAUCCAAUCGAUGGCAAAGACCGCAUCGAGGAGCUGCCAGACGAUCCGUUGUUGCCUGCCCCACCGGCGUCGUCCUCAAUACGGUCAGGAGCUGAGGCGACAGCGACAACCGGGACAAGUGGAAGUCCGACGGUGACGUUAUCCCCACCGCCACUAGCCGCCGCCGACGCAGGCCCGUCAGUCAGCGGGAAGAGCAGCAAGUGAUGGUAACAAGAUGGCUAGGAUGACGAGGAGCCGGGCUGUGGCAGGAGGGCUCCGCGGAGACAGGAUCAGCAUUGGCAAUGUUUGCAGACAUGACACAUCAACUGCGAUGACGAUAAUGACCAAACAAGAUGAAGAAAAUGAACCCGGCCGUGUCUUUUGUCGUGGAUUAUGCUAUUGGUUGUACGCAUUGGUUUCAGCAAAAUAGGUAGAUAAAUGUAAUGUCGAGAUACCCUUCCCUACC